AUGAGACAGAAAGAUCUUGAGUUUAAGGUGGGAGACAAAGUGUUCUUGAAAGUAGCGCUUAUGAAAGUUUAUGACGUGUUCCAUGUUUCUAUGUUGAGAAACUAUGUGUCAAAUCCGUCUCACGUAGUGGAUUACGAGCCAUUAGAGAUUGAUGAAAAUUUAAGCUAUGUAGAGCAACCAGUUGAGAUUUUUGCUAGAGAGGUAAGGACGUUGAGAAAUAGAAGAAUUCCUUUAGUUAAAGUCUUAUCUCGGAAUUACAAAGUCGAAGAGGCUACAUGGGAGAGGGAAGACGACAUGAGAGCUCAUUACCCAGAGUUGUUCGAAGAGAUUGUAAAAUAA